AUGCGACCUCACUCGAUAGUUGUCGUCAACGACGAUGAACAGGACGUGGCUUGGGGUGCGGUGACUUUGGCGUUCUUGUACAGGCAGCUCGGAAUGGCAUCUAGGGCUGGUUGCAAGACCAUUGCUGGAUGCCUCACAUUGCUCCAGACAUGGAUCUAUGAGUACUUCCCCGCUUUCCGCCCUCAUCCUCGCCGAGAUGAUGUGCCAAACACGACUAGGGCGGAGAUGUGGACGCCGAAGAAAGUAGGUCGUGAGCUGGACAGGUUGAUAUCAUUCCGCAAGGUUCUGGACUCAAUGACAGAGACUCAGGUUGAAUGGACUCCCUACAAUUGUGGAGCUACUGCGUUGCUGCAUGAGCACCCACGCACCACACUCCUAUGA